UUUAAAUAGUUGAAAUGUAGUUACUAAGAUUAUGUAAUGUAAAUUUGAUUUUCUGGCUUUAAUUAUACUCUACAUCAACUUCAUUAACUAUGAGAAAGUAUUUGAUAGCGUGGACAGGACAACAUUACGGCGCGCCUCAGAAGAUAGUCAAUAUGAUACGGAAUUCCUAUGAUGGGUUAAACUGUAAAAUCGUCCAUGGAGGACAGUUGACGAACUCGAUCUAAGUAAAGACCGGUGUCAAGCAAGUUUACUUACUCUCACCUUUUCUCUUUCUCCUGUUGAUCGAAUGGAUCAUGAAGAUGUCAACAUUUGAGGAGAAGCAUGAGAUACAGUGGACAGCUAGGAUGCAGCUGGACGAUCUAAACUUGGCAGAUGAUCUGGCCCUUCUGUCGCAAACGCAACAACAAAUGCAGAAGAAGACGACCAGUGUAGCAACAGUAGGUCUCAACAUACACAAAGGAAAACAUAAGAUUCUCCCAUACAACACAGCAUGUAACAGUCCAAUCACACAUGAUGAAGAAACUUUGGAAGAUGUGAAAACCUUUAUACAUAUCUGGCCAGCAUCAUUGAUGAACACGGUGGAUGUGAUGCAGAUGUGAAGGCGGGGGUCGGCAAAGCAAGAGCAGCAUAUU